GGGGGUCACGUGAGCGGCGGGGCCGGGUGGGGAGCGCAGAGGCAAGAUGGCCGCCGUCGGGGGGAGUUGAGGAGCGCGUUGAGUCGCCGCCGCCCUGGUCACAGCGCCCGGCCCCCGCGGGUGUGUGCUAUUGUAGAAGUAUCUGAAGUACUGUCCAAAGAUGGCCAGCUUGAUGACUCAGAGUCUCUUGACUUACGUGGAAGAAGGGAAUGUUCCUGCUCUGAAAGCACUUCUUGAAAAGUGUAAGGAUGUGGAUGAGAGAAAUGAGAAUGGUCAGACUCCGUUAAUGUUGGCUGCCGAGCAGGGCAAUUUAGAAAUUGUCCAAGAGCUGCUUAAGAAGGGAGCUAACUGCAACUUGGAAGACUCUGAUAACUGGACAGCUCUUAUUUCGGCAUCCAAGGAAGGACAUGUAGAUAUUGUAGCAGAACUGCUUAACUGUAAUGUUAAUUUGGAGCACCGGGAUAUGGGAGGAUGGACAGCUUUAAUGUGGGCAUCCUAUAAAGGUCGUACUGAAGUAGCUGAGCUUCUUCUUGAGAAGGGAUCAAAUCCAAACAUCACGGGGCUGCAAUACAGUGUUUAUCCUGUCAUUUGGGCAGCAGGACGAGGUCACUCAGAUAUAGUACGACUCUUACUGCAACAUGGGGCUAAAGUGAACUGCUCUGACAAAUAUGGAACCACACCAUUGAUUUGGGCUGCAAGGAAGGGUCAUUUGGAAUGUGUAAAGUACCUGUUGCAGAUGGGAGCUGAUGUUGACCAAGAAGGGGCUAACUCUAUGACUGCACUUAUUGUAGCAGUAAAAGGUGGUUACACUGACUCCGUAAAGGAAAUUCUGAAGAGGAACCCAAAUGUGAAUUUAACCGAUAAAGAUGGAAAUACAGCUUUGAUGAUUGCAUCGAAGGAGGGUCACACAGAAAUUGUGCAGGAUCUCCUUGAUGCUGGAACUUAUGUGAACAUUCCUGAUAGGAGUGGAGACACUGUGCUGAUUGGUGCUGUGAGAGGCGGUCAUGUUGAAAUUGUGAGGGCCCUACUCCAUAAAUAUGCUGACAUAGACAUCAGAGGCCAGGAUAAUAAAACUGCUUUAUAUUGGGCAGUUGAAAAAGGAAAUGCCACAAUGGUGAGAGAUAUCUUGCAGUGCAAUCCUGAUACAGAAAUAUGCACAAAGGAUGGAGAAACACCACUUAUAAAGGCAACAAAGAUGAGAAAUAUUGAAAUAGUAGAGCUUUUGCUGGAUAAAGGAGCUAAGGUUUCUGCUAUAGACAAGAAAGGAGAUACUCCGCUUCAUAUUGCCAUUCGGGGAAGGAGCCGUAAACUUGCAGAACUCCUUUUAAGAAAUCCCAAAGAUGGCAGAUUGCUUUACAGGCCCAACAAAGCUGGGGAGACACCUUACAAUAUUGACUGUAGCCACCAGAAAAGCAUUUUAACUCAGAUAUUUGGAGCCAGACACUUAUCUCCUACUGAAUCUGAUGGUGACAUGUUGGGUUAUGACCUCUACAGUAGUGCGUUGGCUGAUAUUCUUAGUGAACCAACCAUGCAACCACCCAUUUGUGUAGGACUCUAUGCGCAGUGGGGAAGUGGGAAAUCUUUCCUGCUCAAAAAACUGGAAGAUGAAAUGAAAACUUUUGCAGGACAGCAGAUUGAACCUCUGUUCCAGUUCUCUUGGCUUAUUGUAUUCCUUACACUCAUGGUCUGUGGAGGUCUGGGUUUAUUGCUUGCUUUCACAGUGGACACUAAGCUUGGAAUAGCAGUGGCACUGAGUUUGUUAGCAGUUCUAUAUAUAUUUUUUGCUGUGAUUUAUUUUGGUGGCCAAAGAGAAGGAGAGAGCUGGAACUGGGCAUGGGUGUUGAGUACAAGAUUGGCAAGACACAUUGGAUACUUAGAGCUACUUCUCAAACUGAUGUUUGUAAACCCACCAGAAUUACCGGAGCAAACCACUAAAGCUUUACCUGUUAGAUUUCUGUUUACUGACUACAAUAGACUGUCCAGCGUAGGAGGAGAAACUUCAUUGGCUGAAAUGAUUGCUACCCUUUCUGAUGCAUGUGAAAGGGAAUUUGGUUUCUUAGCAACAAGGCUUUUUCGAGUGUUCAAGACAGAAGAUACACAAGGUAAAAAGAAAUGGAAAAAAACUUGUUGUCUCCCAUCCUUUGUUAUCUUCCUCUUCAUAUUGAGUUGCAUUAUCGCUGGGAUCACAUUGCUGGCCAUUUUUAACAUAGAUCCAAAGAACAUGACUGUGAAUGCUAUACUGAUAUCAGUUGCAUGUGUUGUCGGUUUGGCCUUUAUUUUGAACUGUCGUACAUGGUGGCAAGUAAUAGAUUCAGUCUUGAAUUCCCAGAGGAAGCGUCUUCAUAAUGCUGCUUCCAAGCUUCACAAGCUGAAAAGUGAAGGGUUUAUGAAGGUUCUGAAAUGUGAAGUGGAACUGAUGGCCAAAAUGGCAAAAACCAUUGAUAGCUUCACUCAGAAUCAGACAAGGCUUGUUGUAAUCAUUGAUGGAUUGGAUGCUUGCGAACAGGACAAAGUUCUUCAGAUGCUAGACACAGUACGAGUCCUGUUUUCAAAAGGACCAUUUAUUGCUAUUUUUGCAAGUGACCCUCACAUCAUUAUAAAGGCAAUUAACCAGAAUCUAAAUAGUGUGCUACGAGAUUCAAACAUAAAUGGACAUGAUUACAUGAGAAAUAUAGUCCAUUUGCCUGUUUUUCUUAACAGUCGUGGUCUCAGUAGUGCAAAAAAGCUGAUGGUUGCUGCAACUACCAAUGGAGAUGUUCCAUAUUCAGAUAAUGCAGGAUUUCAUGAAGAAGUUGACAGAAGGGUUUCUCAGAAUAGCCUUGGAGAGAUGACCAAACUUGGCAGCAAAACUGCUCUCAAUAGACGGGAUACUUAUAGAAGGCGACAGAUGCAGCGUACUAUUACUCGCCAGAUGUCUUUUGAUCUGACCAAGCUUCUGGUCACAGAAGACUGGUUCAGCGAUAUCAGUCCUCAGACGAUGAGAAGAUUACUCAAUAUUGUUUCUGUGACAGGACGUUUGUUGAGAGCAAAUCAGAUCACUUUCAACUGGGAUAGACUAGCUAGUUGGAUCAACCUUACAGAGCAGUGGCCAUACAGAACAUCUUGGCUGAUACUGUAUUUGGAAGAGACUGAAGGAGUUCCAGAUCAACUGACUUUAAAAACCAUUUAUGAGAGAAUUUCAAAGAAUAUUCCAACAACUAAAGAUGUUGAACCUUUGCUUGAAAUUGAUGGGGACAUCCGGAACUUUGAAGUAUUUUUGUCUUCACGAACACCGGUUCUAAUAGCACGUGAUGUAAAAAUCUUUUUGCCAUGUACUGUGAACUUAGACCCAAAGCUACGAGAAAUCAUUGCAGAUGUUCGUGCUGCACGAGAUCAAAUGAAUAUUGGAGGACUUCCAUAUCCCACAUUGCCAUUACACGAGGCACCUGCAAGAGCGUCUUCAGUGUUCAGUCAGCCUUCUUCAGUCUGCUCUUCAUCCACCUCCUUCAAUGGACCUUUCAAUGGUGGAGUUUUAUCGCCACAACCUCACAGCAGCUACUACAGUGGAAUGACAGGACCUCAGCAUCCAUUUUAUAAUCGACCAUUCUUUGCCCCAUAUGUUUACAUGCCAAGGUAUUACCCUGGCAGUUCUCAUCUCAUCUCACGUCCACCACUAAAAACGAGUUUGUCCAGGGAUCAGAACAAUGGCCUAGAUGUUAUCAAGGAGGAUGCCGAUGAGGGGCUUUCUUCACCCACAGACCCCUCAAUGCUGUGUAAAUCUGGGUUAAACAAACAGAGACAGGGCACAGGAGCCAUCACAGGAUCAGCCACAGGAGGAUCACAUGCAUCUUUGAGCUCUAUGACAGUGGAAAGCGUAUGUGAAAAGCUGAAGCAGAUAGAAGGUCUGGACCAGAAUAUGCUCUCUCAGUACUGUGCAACGAUAAAAAAGGCAAACAUAAAUGGUCGUGUCUUGGCUCAGUGUAACACUGAAGAACUAAAACGGGAGAUGAACAUGAAUUUUGGUGACUGGCACCUUUUCAAAAGCAUGGUACUGGAAAUGAGAAAUUCGGAAAAUCAGGCUAUUCAUGAAGAUUCUCGUGGAGCAAGUGAACAUGUUACCAAUGUGAUUCCUCAUAAUGAGCUUGCUCGUCGUUCAGGGCAUAACAGUGAAUUGCCUCACACUGAGCUUACAGGUCUUUCUGGUCAAGCUCCCUAUGCUCUCAACUUCAGCUUUGAAGAACUGAACACAAUUGGUCUUGAUGAAGCUCCUCCUCGACACAGUAACUUAAGUUGGCAGUCACAAACUCGCAGAACUCCCAGUCUCUCAAGUCUCAAUUCUCAAGAUUCCAGUAUUGAAAUCUCAAAGCUUACUGAUAAGGUGCAAGCAGAAUAUAGAGAUGCGUAUAGAGAAUAUAUUGCUCAAAUGUCCCAACUAGAAGGGGGUGCAAGUUCCACUACUGUAAGUGGCAGGUCCUCCCCACAUAGCACAACAGCUUUCUAUAUGGGGCAGAGUACAUCAGGAGGCUCCCUCCAUUCCGGUAUUGAACAAGAAAAAGGAAAAGAUGGUGAACAGAAACAAGAUGAUGGAAGAAAGUCCUUUCUGCUGAAGAGAAAUGAUGUAGAUUACAGUACUUCAGGUGUUUCCACUAAUGAUGCAUCUCCUUUGGAUCCUAUCACUGAGGAAGAUGAAAAAUCUGAUCAGUCAGGUUCCAAGCUUCUCCCAGGAAAGAAAUCUUCAGAAAGAACAAGCAUUUUCCAGGCAGCAGAUAUAAAACUAAAGGGAGUUACUUUGCGCUAUCAGAAACUUCCAAGUGAUGAAGAUGAGUCUGGAACUGAAGAGUCAGAUAAUACUCCACUUCUCAAGGAAGGUAAGGACAAGAAAAUGGAUGGAAAAAUGGACAAACAGCCAAAAUCUCCAGAACAUGGAUCUGAGCCUAUCAGAACCUUCAUCAAAGCAAAGGAGUAUUUGACAGAUGCUCUUCUAGAUAAAAAAGAUUCUUCUGACUCUGGUGUGAGAUCCAAUGAAAGUUCUCCAAAUCACUCCCUUCAUAAUGAAGGAGCAGAUGAUUCUCAGCUUGAAAAGGCAAAUCUCAUUGAACUAGAAGAUGAUAGCCACAGUGGAAAGAGAGGGAUUCCACACAGCCUGAGUGGUCUUCAAGAUCCAGCUGUAGUACGCAUGUCUAUUUGCUCAGAAGAUAAGAAAAGCCCUUCAGAGAGCAGCUUAAUAGCAAGCAGUCCUGAAGAGAAUUGGCCUGCUUGCCAGAAAGUCUAUAAUUUAAACAGAACCCCUAGUACCGUCACUCUAAAUAAUAACAGUGCUCCAGCUAAUAGAGGUAAUCAAAAUUUUGAAGAAACCGAAGGUAUCAGGGAGUCCCCUCAAAUUAUCCUGCGGCCUGGCACAAGUUCUAACUCAACUGCUGUUCAGAAUGAGAACCUGAAGAGUGUGGCUCACAAGCGAAGUCAGCGUUCAAGUUAUACCAGGCUAUCAAAAGAUGCAUCAGAACUCCACACUGUUACCGCCUCAGAUGCUGCAGGCUUUGGAGAGGAAAGAGAGAGCAUUCUGUAAAAGGAACUGAUCAGUUCAGAGCAGUGCAUGCUUGUGUUUAAAUAAUUUUCUUGAGAUCCUUAGUUUGUCAGUUCAUAGUCAUGGUAGAUACUGCAUAUUUUUAGGUAGCCUUCCCUAACAUCUAACUUUUUUCCAGGCAUUUUCAUGAAUAGAAAAAAUAAUGGCAUUAAACAAUAAAUAUUUUACCCCCCCCCAGCUGCCUUAAUAUUCCCUUCCCCAAAUAAAGUCAGUGCUUAUCCUUUACUUCGCUUAUUGCUUAGAAGUCAUGUUCCUUGCUAAUGAAGUAUGUAGCAAAAGCAUAUUUUUGGGAUUAAGUCUACAAUGAAUAUUUCUUAUAAAAAUGAAAGGCAGACUUUAAAUAUAUGUUCCAGUAUACAAAGAUCAUAUUUGAUUAUCCCACCUAAUAGCUCUAAUUACAUCAGACAGAAUUUUGAUUAACUUUAUACUAUGUGGUAUUAUCUGAAUUUAGAAAAUCAGAAGUCACAACACUGAAAUUCCUCGUGUCCUUUGUAACUCAGAAUUUCAUACUUUUCUUUAACUAUUCAGUUUAUCUAGCAUAAAAAAUGUUGGUGUUUAUGUAUUUAUACAUAUAGAAUUAGCUAACUGCACAUCUCAUCACGUCAAUUUGGUCUGUGGUUACUAUUGUCUUUGCAGGUUUUAUUUGUGUGGUAUGCUGAUAGGCUUAGUAGAGGACAUUAUCUGGAUGUAGUAUUAGAACUAACAGAUAUUUCGAUUGUAAUGUCCUCUCACUGAUUGAGUACUCUAUUAUAGGUACAUAAUUUCACAAUCAUUGCACUAAAUAGUUUUAACAAUCGUGUUACUCUAAUUGUAAAGACAAUGUUUGAAUGUGAAGUCUGAAUUUAUGAAGUAUGUGUUGUUUUGCAUGACCUUUCUCUAAUAUAUUGUUUUCCAUCUGGUUAUGGAAAGAAAAUAAGUAAUUAGUGUUUUCCAUUUUAAAAGUGAUAUUUAAUUAUCAGGUCUCAGUCAUAAUAGUGUACCAGCUUCUUUAUACUGGAAAUAUAGUAUUUGAUAAUCUCUGUUGUCAGCUAAAUAAUGUAUCUGUCUUUGUAGCAAAUACUUAAUGCUGUUAAACAAAAUUUGCAUGAUAUUGGAAAUGGCUGUUCAAUCAGUAUUCCGGUAGUAUAGAAGGAAUAAAUAAAUUUGCAUGUUAGUUUUUGUGCCUGCAUUUGUUCACUGUAGUGAUUUUGUUUCUGCAGUUGACAAUAAAUAGUGUGAGGUUGGUUAAAGCAUUUUUAUGGGUUUAUUUAUGAGUCUUUUUAAGUGAAGUAAUUUUUAUUCAUACAUCCUAAAUAAACAUCAAGGUGACAGUAUAUCUUUGAUGCGUAGAUUACCUUAAGGAAGAUUAGCCAUAUUAUAAAUUUGUUUCACUGUACUCCAAAGCCAUUAUCAUGCUUUUCAUGAGUCAGGUUUUGUCAGUUUUCUACAGCUUUGUUUUAGUUCCAUGGCAUCUCCAAACAGAUUUAUCCAGCUGGAGGGUAUGGUCAUGGUCUUAGUUAUCUGUAUCAAGAGAAUGUAUUUCUGUGCCAGAAACAUCAGAUAUAAUAGGCAAGCUCUAUCUAGUUUCUUUAAGUUUUUGUUCCUUGGAUAUUCCCAGUACUUAUCCCAAAUCCUUUGAGGAAUUUAUAC